AUGGCACAGACGUAUCAACAGCAGCGAGAGGGCGGCGGAGACCAGAAUUUUGACUACAUGUUUAAGAUCCUGAUCAUCGGCAACAGCAGUGUCGGCAAAACAUCAUUUCUUUUUCGUUACUGCGAUGAUUCGUUCACGUCGGCGUUCGUCUCUACGGUCGGCAUCGACUUCAAGGUGAAGACGGUGUUUCGAGGCGACAAGCGAGUCAAACUUCAAAUAUGGGACACAGCCGGCCAGGAACGGUACCGUACGAUCACGACCGCCUAUUACCGCGGUGCCAUGGGAUUCAUCCUCAUGUACGACAUCACCAACGAAGAAUCGUUCAACAGUGUACAAGACUGGUGUACGCAGAUCAAAACCUAUUCGUGGGACAAUGCUCAAGUAGUACUCGUCGGCAAUAAGUGCGACAUGGAAGAGGAGCGUGUUGUGUCGUAUGAACGCGGCAAGCAACUCGCCGAACAAUUAGGCUUGGAAUUUUUCGAAGCAUCCGCAAAGGAAAACGUCAACGUCAAGGCAGUCUUUGAGCGUUUAGUCGACAUAAUCUGUGACAAGAUGGCCGAAUCACUCGACUCGGAUCCGUCGAUGUCCCGUGCGAAAGGCACUCGUCUCACCGAUGCUUCCAGCACGUCACCGAAGUCUGCACAGUCCUGUAACUGUUGA